CAACAACCUGCAGUAACUUGUUUUUGGUAGGUGUCUUCAGUUGGAGAGUAUUGGUGGGACACUUCAGAUUGAUUCAUAUUCUUAAUUUUGGGCGCUGAGACGACUUAACGUUUUUCUUUUCGAGUGUAGGGUAAAAACCCAUGUCAUAUGGGUGAUCUUCUCUACCAUUCUUCAACAGCUGGACAUACUGUUAAGAGAUUGACGAGAGGUGUUCUGGUCGAAUGAGAUGAAGAACAGGCAGAGAAAGAGAGACGUAUGGGCUUUCGGGAACACAGAAGAGCAAGUAGAACAAGUGUAUGAAACUGGAGACGGAUGCGGCGUCGUUUUGGGAUUGGAUGGUGGUGCUACUAACACUGUUUGCGUCUGCAUUCCUUUCCUUCCCUUCUCUGAUCAACUCCCCGACCCUCUCCCCAUCUUGGCUCGGGCGGUUGCCGGCUGCUCCAAUCACAAUAGUGUUGGAGAAACUGCUGCCAGGUAUACAUUGGAGCAGGUUAUCGCUGAAGCGCUUUCAAAAUCAGGUUUCAGUCGAUCAGCUGUACGUGCUGUUUGUUUAGGUGUUUCAGGGGUUAACCACCCUACGGACGAGGAAAGAGUAUUAAAUUGGAUAAGGGACAUAUUCCCUAGUCAUGUCAAGCUGUAUGUUCAAAAUGAUGCGGUUGCAGCUUUAGCAAGUGGAACAAUGGGGAAAGUCCAUGGCUGUGUUUUAAUUGCUGGUACAGGGUGCAUAUCUUGUGCUUUUGAUGAAGAUGGUAGAGAAGCUCGUGCUGCUGGUGCUGGGCCUGUCUUGGGUGAUUGGGGAAGUGGCUAUGGGAUUGCUGCACAGGCAUUAACAGCAGUAAUCAGAGCUCAUGAUGGUCGAGGUCCAGAGACAAUGCUUACAGGUUCUAUCUUGAAGGCGCUUGGUCUUUCUUCUCCUGAGGAACUCAUAGGGUGGACAUAUGCUGAUCCAUCUUGGGCACGCAUUGCUGCACUUGUUCCGGAAGUGGUUUCCUGUGCAGAAGCUGGUGAUGAAACGGCAAAUAAUAUCUUAGUUUUUGCCGUUGAGGAGUUGGCUUUAAGUGUAAAAGCUGUUGUGCAAAAACUUUGUUUGUGUGGCAAAGAUGGCAAGGGCUCUUUCCCUCUUGUAAUGGUUGGUGGUGUCCUUGAAGCUAAUAAAAAUUGGGAUAUAGGGAAAGAAGUUAUAAAUUGCAUUUGCAGAGAUUUUCCUGGGGUCCAUCCAAUUAAACCAAAGGUGGAGCCUGCAGUUGGGGCAGCUUUAUUGGCCUUGAAUUUUUUCAUGAAAGAAUCAACAGGGAACUGCCAUAGGUGACAAAGGGUUUUAACUGUAAAUUUCAACACAGAGGAAA